GCUUCUGACGCGCUAGGCAUGAGGCCGCAGUAGGUAAUGUUACAAAAUUUCAGAAUACAGUUUUAUUCGUUGUUAAUGGAGACUUCUGUAGAAACGUGUAUGUUUAACUGUGCAUGUAUACGUCAAAAAAGUAUUUUGCAACGUGCAUAAAGUCGAAAUCCAUACUAUAAAAUUGCCUUACUGUCGCAUUCGCAAAGGUGCUGAAGUGUGUAUUAAUGUCUUCGUAAUGAGCAAAAUCAUUUGUUUAACUUAGAUUUUAUAUCUCUGGUGCUUCAACUGGAAUGCAGGAUUCUAAAAUGAAAUUCUUAUAAACGAAUAAUUCACCUUACGAAAAUGUGUCCUAUUUUCCUUGCUUUAAACUCGAACUGUAUUGCUUUUCGUACUCUUCUGUCAAUGGUGGGGUAACACCUUGGGGAGACUGGUCCCCCCCUGCAUGUUCCCUGACAUGUGGUGUGGGUGUCACUGGAUUUUCUAUUCGUCGGCGACAAUGCACUAACCCCCCACCAACGAAUGGUGGAGCAGAUUGUACUGAACCAUUACAAGAAACAAGCAACAGACCCUGUUCUAUCCCUGUCUGUCCGAAUAAAAUGGCGGCUGUGAACGUACAACAAGCUGAAAGUGCGUCAGGGUUUGUUGACAACUGGCAAGCGGGGAAGACCCUCGCUCAAUGUAAUUUACGCAUGUUCGAUGCGGAAGAGCUUUGUGACGUCACAUUUCGAGUUGGAAGUACAGGUCACGUGAUCAAGGCCCAUCGCUACGUGCUCAUCAGCAGAAGUUGUGUGUUCCACGCCAUGUUUACCGGCCCCCUGGCGGAGACGUCGGAAGUCAAUGUUCCGGAAAUAGAGCCUAAGGAUUUCAGACAGUUUCUCUUAUACCUUUACACAGACAACACAACUGUUGAUGCUGACAACGUAACAGCUUUACUGUACGCCUCCAGAAAAUAUGCUAUCACCGCCUUAGAAUCACAAUGUCUGGAGAUCCUGGAGAAACACCUCAACGUUGACAACGCCUGUGUGAUUCUAGAUGCUGCUCAUCGUUUUGAUCAAAGCCAGUUGUUUCAGAAGGCCUUGACCUUGAUUAAAGAUACAGGUGAGAGGUCACUACAGUCAUCUGGUUUCCUGACACUGAGCCAAGUGUUGUUGCAGAAGAUUGUGGAGUCAGAUGAUUUGUUAGCCGAGGAGCACGUCAUCUUUAGCGCCGUUAACCGCUGGGCAGAGGCAGAGUGCAGACGUCAGGGAAGGGAGGUAACUCCUGAGACAAAGCGAACGGUUCUUGGAGAGACUUUUUUUAAAGUCAGAUUUCCUCUUUUAAAGCAAAUGUUUAUUGUUAAGGAAGUUAAAGCUAGCGGUCUUUUGACUGAACCAGAGCGCCUCAGCAUCUUGGAAUAUUGUGUAUGCCCUGACAAUGAUGUGAAACCCUUCAACACUAAGCAGAGAAAACAAGGAACCGCACAUUCCAUAACUAGGUUUUCAACACAGUGUGUAGGCUGGGGUGUUUCGAGUGAUGCUCAUGAUGCCAUUUCCUUCCAAAGUGACCGAAACCUAAUGCUCUGUGGAUACAGCCUGUAUGGGCCUGCCUUUGCGACUACACCCUCUACCUACUUUGUCACCACCUACUUUGGGAACGAGGAAGAUGUUCUCCAGUGUAGGAUUCAAGAUAAAACUGAGUACAAAGUCAACAGUCAAGUGUUUGAUGUGAUGUUUGAGAAGCCUGUUGCUAUGACAGCGGGAGUAUGGUAUACUCUGGCAGUGCUGAUACAAGGCAGGGCUACGUGGCAAGGAGAAAAUAGAAAGAGAGAGAUUUUAUGUGCUGACGGUGUGCGUUUUACCUUCAGGGACUCAAAACACAGCAACAAUUGCACUAACGUCGCCAAAGGGCAGAUUCCAUCUCUCCUCUUCCGUGUUGCAUGAACAGUAACAUCCAGGGGACAAUUCCUUAUAUAUAUUUUUUCUUUUAUAAGUGUCAUUAAAAUAAUCGUAAUUGUG